CCUUCAGCCAGUCAGUCGCAUUUCUGGAGCGCUUCCAGUGUGCAGGACACUGUACUAAGCGCUUGGGAGGGACAGGUCUGCACCAGAGAGAGCCGGCAGCGGGGAUGAAGAGGGGCACCGGCUGGACCCCCCUUGGCUUCUCCCUUGGCUUCUCCUGCUGCUGCUGCUGCAGCCUCCUCCUCCUCCUGCUGCUGCUGCUGAGGCCCGUAAAUGGUAUUCACCCAGAAUGCAGAUUUCACUUGGAAAUCCACGAGGAGGAAAUACAAUGUAUGAAACUUUUAAAUGACCAUAAAGUGGAAUAUAAAGCAUGCAGUGGUGUUUGGGACAACCUGACAUGCUGGCACCCUGCCGACAUCGGCGAGACCGUCACUGUCCCCUGCCCAAAAGUCUUCAGCAAUUUUUACAGCUUUAAAACAGGAACUAUUAGCAAAAAUUGUACAAGUGAUGGGUGGUCAGAAAUGUUUCCUGAUUUCAUAAAUGCCUGUGGUUAUACUGACAGUGAGGAUGAUGAUAUUAAGAUCACUUUCUACAUCUUGGUGAAGGCAAUUUACACCCUCGGAUACAGUGUCUCUUUGAUUGCUCUUACAACAGGAAGUAUUAUUCUUUGUCUGUUCAGAAAACUUCACUGCACACGGAAUUACAUCCAUCUGAAUCUGUUCCUCUCUUUUAUCCUGAGAGCCAUCUCUGUACUAGUCAAGGAUGAUAUUCUCUAUUCCAGUUCAGGCACUCUACAUUGUCUGGAUCAGCCUUCCUCUUGGGUUGGCUGCAAGUUUAGCUUGGUAUUUUUCCAGUACAGUAUCAUGGCAAACUUUUAUUGGCUCUUAGUGGAAGGCCUUUAUCUCCACACCCUCCUUGUGGUUAUAUUUUCUCCAAAUAGACACUUCCUGGUCUAUCUUCUGAUUGGAUGGGGAAUUCCUACAAUAUUCAUCAUUGUGUGGGCAAUAGCAAGGAUCUCUUUAGAAGACACUGGUUGCUGGGAUACAAACGAACACAGAGUUCCCUGGUGGGUUAUACGAAUACCAAUUUUAAUUUCUAUUAUAAUGACGUUUAUCCUUUUCAUUAGUAUCAUAAGGAUUUUACUGCAGAAGUUACGAUCACCUGAUAUUGGAGGCAACGAUCAAUCCCAGUACAAGAGGCUUACCAAGUCGACUUUGCUGCUGAUUCCAUUAUUUGGUAUUCACUACAUGGUGUUUGCUGUGUUUCCUAUUGGCAUUUCAAAAAAAUAUCAAAUUACAUUUGAGUUAUGUAUCGGAUCCUUUCAGGGGCUGGUGGUAGCAGUCUUAUACUGUUUUUUGAACAGUGAAGUGCAGUGUGAGCUGAAAAGGAAAUGGCGAAGUUUAUGUCUGAACCAAACAAUGGGUCGAGAUUACAGGCUUCACAGCUCUUCUAUUUCCCGAAAUGGCUCAGAGAGCGUCUUACAGUUCCACAGGAACUCAAGAGCCCCGUCAUUUCUGCAGACAGAAACCACAAUGAUCUGAACAGGGCUUGUGUUUGUUUAAAAAAAAAAAGGCAUAACGAGAGACGGUACGACACCAGGCACAGCUCAUUGUGGCGCUUUCCAAAGUGUACAAAUGUGUGCUUCGCUUUUCUCCAGAUCUGCGUUUUUAGGGAUGGCCUAGUUCUGUGCAUCGGGUGAACCAGUGACGUCUUGGCUUUACAGACUCUCUGAGCUUAAAUCUAGUCCUAGCACACAAGGCAGCCCCAUUGUGUGGUUGUUUGACUUGAAUUUAAAUGCAAAUUAUUGUAUCCCUACAGUUUUUAAAUGCCUCAUUUCUAAAGAACUUCAGUUCUGGGA